CUGUUAAGCUUUUUAGCUCAGUUGGAAUAUAACUUUUACUCGGAUGCUGAAGCAGGCACGGAUUUCUACGAAAAGUUCAGCAUUAGACGUAACAUUCAAGUUAUAUUUCAAUGUCUUUGGAAUGAGACUUACUAUAGAUCUGUAAUGAUCCAGUUAGCUAGAGCUUGCGGUCCGGAGUUUAUCCGUUUUAUAAACAUGGUAAUUAAUGAUGCUACAUUCCUUCUGGAUGAGAGUCUGGCGGCGUUAAAGAAGAUCCACGAUGUAGAGCUGCUUAUGUCAAGUAAAGAAGAGUGGAAUGCUCUUGGGCGAGAAGAACAGCAGCAGAAAGAGGGGGUCUUGGAAGACGCAAAAAGACAAGUUCGAUCCUGGUUGAUCUAUGCAAAGGAUACCUUGGAACUUCUUGGUUAUCUUACGCGAGAUGCACCACAACCCUUCGCUCAAGAUGUGUUGGGUGACAGAUUGGCUUCAAUGCUAAAUCACAACAUCAAACAACUUUGUGGAAGAAAGUGUAUGGAGUUGAAGGUUCGGGACGCUGCAGAGCGUUUCCAGUGGGAACCACGCAAACUCGUUGGACAGGUGGUGGAUGUUUAUUUGAAUUUGGCAGCUUUUUCAGAUACUUUCGCAGAGUUUAUCGCGCAUGAU